AUGGCCUCCAAAUCAACAAUCCUCUUUAUUUGCGCUUUGAUUUACUUGUUAUGCUACGUCGGCGCAGUGCCAGCGGGAGAACUCAAGUCUUUUGCCGUCAAAGCAAGAAACGUUGAAAGGUUUAAUCCACAACCAGAUCCUCCACAUGAACGAGUAAAAAGGUUUAAUCCACAACCAGAUCCUCCACAUGAACGAGUAAAAAGGUUUAAUCCACAACCAGACCCUCCACUUAAUUGA